AUGUCGGAAGACGACCUUGACAAUCUCGGUACGGGUCCAGCGGUCGAUCCAGCACGCGCCGAGCGCGACAGGCGAGCUCCCAGAUUCAGCUGGACCCCGGCCUACGAGGCCACCUUCUUCCGCAGCCUGUGCGAUAGCGUAGGCCUGGGUCUUCGUGAGAAUAGCAGCUUCAAGGCUGAGGCCUGGGAACGCGCCGCCGUAUCCCUCCAGGCCACCCACGGUGCCUUUCCCACCAAGAGCCACCUCAUCAACAAGAGCGACAAUGCGCGCAAACGCUUUCGUCUGUGGAGGGGGCUGCGUGAGGACCCCGAGUUCCUGUACAACCCCGCUACAAGGACCGUGACGGCCACCGAGGAGGCCUGGAAACAACACAUUGAGCGCGAACCUCUCUCACGCGCACUACGCGGACGUCCAUUCGAACAUGAAGACUACAUGGAGAUCCUCUAUCCCGAUGUCAUUGGAUCAGGCGGCGCACCAAAACGCAUCGUCAAGCCCAGACGGAAGACGGACGGCUCUAUCGUUGACGAUUCGGACAUGCCGGGAGCAUACAUCAUGCCCAUCCCGACAAAUCUGCAGAUGGGCAUGUCCAGCCCCAACCCCAGCCAAAACCCACGACCGACCCUCGGGAGCACACCCACAGGACCAUCUACAGGUUCCGUACCGGUCCACCAGCAGCACCAGCACCAGCAGCCGGUCCCACCAGUGCCUUCAACUCUGGCCCCUCCGCCACCCUCCAUGGCAACCACCAGCUCCAGCGCCCUGACACCACCCGACGAGACGGUGUCACACCAACGGCGGAAGCGGCGGCAAGGCGCGAGCGAUCCGUCUGGUGUAGACCUCGAUCUGUCACCACCACUGACAGGCGCGGCAGUCCCAUCGACAACACCCUCCACGACCGGACUGUCCCCCAACAACAAGCGACGGCGUACCUCGUCGCGUCCUGGCGUCGGCUGGCCAACCUCGACACCUCUGCUCGCAUCAUCCACGGAGACUCCAAACCCGGCAGCGGCAGCGGGCCAGUCGCGCGACAACUCAGCCCCCUUGGUUCAGGCGCCUCUCCUGGAGGAGAUACUCGAGGCGAUACGUAGUCAUGCUGUACCCCGGUGGCGCGAGCAGGCCCUCGACAUAUUCUUCCGCGACUUUUCGGCAGAGGAGCUCGAUCUCCAGGUUAAGAUCUCAGAGAAUGUCCUCAGCAACGAGAACAAGGCCAUGGUAUUUUGCAAGAUGCCAGACCCCGUGCGGCAGCAUUGGGUUGGCAAAUUCCGAGAGAUGCAUCAACACAAUAAGACGUCGUGA